GGUGUGGAUGGAAAGGGUCAGUUUCAAGAAACAAUUGUUGACUGAAACAAACAUCUCAGCCACGACAACCACAAAGGUUUCACAACUUUUAACCAGAGGAGUCAUUGAAGGAAUUUUACCAAUGAGACAGUUGCUACUUUUGAUCAUCAUUUCAUUAAUCUCCCUCCCGCGUUGACUUGAAACGUCUUGGACCUCGGGAGGGAGGAAUAUAGUCCCGUGUUUCUAAAUCGUUUUGUUUGAUUGAACUGUCUACCAACUGGAUUUAACUCUUAAGUAAUUGAAGAAAAUGAAUUCCGCACGAUUUGAAUACGAGGGGCAGAACGGGCGGCAUGAGCAGGUCACCUUCCUGGAUAACAAAGAGAAGAUGUCAUCGAAGAAGAAGACUGGAGUGAUAGUGGGAGUCCUCAUCGCUCUGCUUGUUUUGGCAGCCGUGACAGGAAUCCUCAUCUGGCUCUUUGUUAUCAAAGGCAAGGAGUCGGCAGCCACCAUAAGUAUGAAGCGUGUCCCAGCUCAGCGGGUGUAUAGCGGGCACAUGAAACUGGACAACGUGCCCUACAACCAGAAUCUGGAGGACCCCACCAGCACAGAAUUCAACAAGCUGGCAGACGACCUGGAAGAGAUACUUAAGAUCAACUACAAACAAGUUGAGUUCCUUUCCAAGUACUACACCACAUCUGUGGUGACCGCCUUCAGUGAGGGGGUGCUGGCCUACUAUUGGACCCAGUUUGACAUCCCGGCAGCGGACCUGGAGAUGCUGCCAGAGUUCUCUGAGGAGCGGGUCCUGGAGGUACUGUGGAAUGGCAUCAGGGAGCAGGGCAAACGCUCCGGCCAGAGCCUCCGCAUCAGCCAAGUCACUGCCUCACGCACAGACCCCAGGAUGGCCAGGAAACCCAGAGCCGAUUACGAGUGUUUCUUCCGGUUGGAGGCUGACACCUUAGUUCAGAGCUUCCAGUCUCCAGGCUUCCCAGAUCAGUACCCGGCCCAGUCCCGCUGCCAGUGGCAGAUCAGAGCCCCGGAACAGAACGCCAUCUCAGUCCGCUUCUCCCACUUCCACAUAGAGGACGACUGCUCCGAUGACUUUGUGUCCAUCUACGACUCCCUCAGCCCGGAUGAGUCCCAGGCCAUCACUCACAAGUGUGGUCAGAGGCCUCCCAGCAAUCCCCUGGAGGUGGUGUCGUCCAGUAACAUCAUGCUCAUCAACCUUGUUACUGACAGCGCUGUCCAGAGGCCUGGCUUCAGUGCAGAGUACUCAAUCAUCCCCCUAACAACAUCUAAAAGUUGUGGGGGAGACCUGAGUGAUGCUCAGGGGAACUUCAGCUCUCCCCAUUACCCCAGCUUCUAUCCCCCAGCCCUGGACUGCAAGUGGACCAUCGAGGUCCCUGCAGGGAAGCAGGUACGUGUCAAGUUCACCAUGUUCCGUAUGAAGGAGCCGAGAGUGGACGUCAGGGUGUGUCACAAAGACUACAUAGAGGUCAUGGGCACCAAAUACUGUGGGGAGAUGUCUUCUCUGGCCCUUACCAGUACCACCAGCUCUCUGGUUGUGAUGUUCCACUCUGACGAGUCCUUCACAGACAAAGGCUUCCAGGCUCAGUACAACGCAUACGAUCCUUCCAACCCUUGCCCCAACCAGUUUGCCUGUGGCUCUGGGUUCUGUAUCAAGAAGGAGCUGCAUUGUGAUGGCUGGAACGACUGUGGGGACAUGAGUGAUGAAAUGAACUGCAAAUGUGAAAAGGACCAGUUUGCCUGUGACAACGGGAUGUGCAAGCCCAAGUACUGGGUGUGCGACCGUGUCAAUGACUGCGGUGACGAGAGUGAUGAGAAGCACUGCAGCUGUGCUAAGAAUGAGUGGAGGUGUGGUGACGGGACCUGUUUGCCUCAGGAUGUGGUGUGUGACACUAAGACGGACUGUGUGGACGGGAGUGACGAGGCUUCCUGUACCGUCUCUCCUGGUAUCUGUUCUGACUUCAGCUUUAAGUGUAAGAACGAGGCGUGUGUGAACAAGGUGAACGCUGAGUGUGACCGGGUCAAAGACUGCACCGACGAAUCAGACGAGGAAGGCUGCGACUGUGGCGUCCGGCCAUACAAGCUUAACCGUAUUGUGGGCGGGGAGAAUGCGCAGCAGGGGGAGUGGCCCUGGCAGGUGAGCCUGCACUUCCAGACCCGUGGACAUGUGUGUGGCGCGUCAAUCAUCUCCAACCGCUGGCUCCUGUCUGCCGCCCACUGCUUCAAGACCAUCAGCCCUGAAAACCACGUGGCCUCCAACUGGCAGACGUACAGUGGCAUGCAGGACCAGUAUAAGCAGGAUACUGUUCAGAGAAGCUUGGUGAAGACCAUUAUCACCCACCCAGACUACAACCAGAUGACCUAUGACUACGACAUCGCCCUGCUGGAGCUGAGCCAGCCGCUGGAGUUCACCAACACCAUCCACCCCAUCUGCCUACCCGCACGCUCCCACCUCUUCCCUGCUGGCAUGUCCUGUUGGGUUACAGGCUGGGGCACGCUCCGCGAAGGAGGUGCCAUAGCACGGCUGCUGCAGAAGGCGGAGGUGAAGAUCAUUAACGACACAGUGUGUAACGUGGUCACCGAGGGUCAGGUCACAUCCAGGAUGCUUUGCUCCGGCUUCCUGUCCGGAGGAGUCGACGCCUGUCAGGGAGACUCGGGGGGUCCCCUGGUGUGCUUUGAAGAAAGUGGGAUGUGGUUCCAGGCAGGCAUCGUGAGCUGGGGCGAGGGCUGCGCUCGUCGGAACAAGCCCGGCGUCUACUCGCGCGUCACCAAGCUGAGAGAUUGGAUCCGCAAGAACACAGGGCUUUGAUGAUGAGAGGAUAUGGGGAAGGGGGGCCAGAGGGUAGACAGUUUGAGGGUCUGACAGGAUAAGACAAAAAAUAAGGAAAAUGGCACAUUGCGUCUGAUUGAGGACGAGUCCCCCCAUGAUGACCAGAGCUAUCCAUCCAUCUAGCGAGCCUCAACCAGCUUCCGACACCCACUGAGGGCCUGCAUGGGGCUAGCUACUGCUCAGACGAAUGAUUUCAAAUGGGUUUGGGAUUAGUUUUUUUUAAUGUUUUUAUGCUGUACUGAUGCAACCCUGGUUCCCAAAGGCUCUGAGAAGCAGCAAGACUCCUGCACCUCCAUCAAUCAUGUCAUGUUCCACUGGUUUGAUUAAUAUUCUCCCAGUGUAAAUAAUGGAAGAUGUAUAUUUUGAGGACACACUUUGUUUUUGGUGGUAUUUGCCAAGUCUCCCCCAUUGCUAUGAUGUGAGAUCACAUCUUCUGUUGGGCAGACCGACAUGCCAAAAGAACUGAGGGAAUCAGAAAUAGAAUAGAUAUAAAAGAAAGAUAUAUUUUAGAGUAUAGUUUUUUUACAAUGUAUGUCUUUACCAGCUGUUUUCACCUGCCAAUUUUCACUUAAAGUGCCUUGACAAGAACAUGGAAUGUUUUACAAGUGAGUGUGAUAUUAGUAAUGCAGAGAUGCAUGGAAUCUUGAGUUCUAACAAAGAUUGUCUAUUGCAGUGCCUUCAGAAUCAAUUCAUACCCCUUGAUUUAUUUCACAUUUUGUUACAGCCUGAAUUACAAAUUGAUUAAAUAUAAACAAAAAUCACCCAUCUACACACAAUACCCCAUAAUGACAAAGUGAAAACCUAUUUUUAGAAAUGUUUGUACAGAAAUAUCUCAUUUACAUAUGUAUUUACACCCCUGAGUAAAUUCAUGUUAUAAUCACCUUCGGCAGAGAUUACAGCUGCGAGUCUUUCUUGGUAAGUCCCUAUGAGUUUUCCAUACCUGGAUUGCACAAUAUUUUUUUCAAAAUUCUUCAAGCUCUGUCAAGUUGGUUGUUGAUCAUUACUAGACAACCAUUUUCAAGUCUUGCCAUAGGUUUUCAAGCUAAUUUUCAUUUGAAACUGUCACUAAGCCACUUAGGAAUAUUCAAUGUCGUCUUGGUAAGCAACUCCAGUGUAUAUUUGGCCUUGUGUUUUAGGUUAUUGUCCUGCUGAAAGGUGAAUUUGUCUCCCAGUGUCUGUUGGAAAGCAGACUAAAGCAGGUUUUCCUCUAGGAUUUUGAUUGUGCUUAGCUCUAUUCCAUUUUGUUUUUCUCCCCCAGAAAAACUCCCUAGCCAAUGACGAGUGUAACCAAUGUGAAAUGGCUAGCUUGUUAGCAGGGUGCUCACUAAUAGCGUUUCAAUCAGUGACGUCACUCGCUCAGACCUUGAAGUAGUUGUUCCACUUGCUUUGCAAGGGCUGCGGCUUUUGUGGAGUGAUGGUUAACGAUGCUUCGAGGGUGGCUGUUGUCAAUGUGUGCAGAGGGUCCCUGGUUCGAGCCCAGGUAGGGGCGAGGAGAGAGAUGGAAGCUAAACUGUUACACGAGCAUACCCAUAACAUGAUGCAGUCACCACGAUGCUUGAAAAUAUGAAGUGUUACCCAGUGUUGGAUUUGUCCCAAACAUAACUCUUUGUAUUCAGGAUAUACAUUUCAUUUCUUUGCCAUUUUUUAAAAGUUUUACAUUGGUGCCUUAUUGCAAACAGGAUGCAUGUUUUCCAAUAUUUGUAUUCUGUACAGGCUUUCUUUUUUUCAGUCUGUCAUUUAGGUUAGUAGUGUGGACUAACUACAAUGUUGGUGAUCCAUCCUCAGUUUUCUCCUAUCACAGCCAUUAAACUCUGUAAAUGUUUUAAAGUCACCAUUGGCCUCAUGGUGAAAUUCCUGAGCGGUUUCCUUCCUCUCUGGCAACUGAGUUAGGAAGGACGCCUGUAUCUUUGUAGUGACUGGGGGUAUUGAUACACCAUCCAAAGUGUAAUGACUAACGUCACCAUGCUCAAAGGGAUAUUCAAUGUCUGCUUUAAAAAAAUAUAUGUUCUACUCAUCUACCCAAUAGGUGCCCCUCUGCGAGGCAUUGGAAAACCUCCCUAGUCUUUGUGGUUGAAUUUUUGUUUAAAAUUCACUGCUCGACUGAGGUUACAAUUGUUUGUAUGUGUGGGGUACAGAGAUGAGGUAGUCAUUCAAAUAUCAUGUUAAACUCUAUUAUUGCACACAGAGUGAAUCCAUGCAAUUUGUGACUUAAACACAUUUUUAUUUGUGAACAUUGAGGUUUGCUAUAACAAAAGGUUUGAAUACUUAUUGGCUAUCGACAUUUCACCUUUUCAUUUCUAAAAACAUAAUCCCACUUUAUUAUGGGAUAUUGUGUGUAGGCUAGUGACACAAUCUCAAUUUAAUACAUUUUAAAUUCAGAAUGUAAUACAACAAAAUGUGGAAAAUGUCAAGGGGUAUGAAUACUUUCUGGAGCUACUGACAAGAUAUCCGAGUGAUCGCUCUAACAAUGGAAAUACAUGUCCUCAAAGAUGGAAGGCAGGUGGUAGGAGAUGCUGCGGCCAUUUCCCUCACAUUAGUAUUCUAGGAGAACUCCAUAUACAGGCUAGCUAAAACGGUCUCCAUUUGCCAGUUGAGCUGAGGGUGAUGUGGGUCUUCACUCCCCUACGCACGGCAGCUCAAGAAAAUCAAUUGGGUUUAGCUGUUUGCACGGAGCAACACAAUGAGUUCUUCUCACCCCUCUCAAACAGUGGACUUUUUAUUGGACAAUCUUGGUCCUGUUUUUAACUGUUCAGAUUCUUCAUUGGUUUUCUUUCACUCUAUUUUGGCUUGUGUUUGUAUUUGUACAUUUACUGUGACUUAAACCUAAAGAUCUCCAUUGUUUGUAAAUGUUAGAAGUGCUGAAAAUAUUUUAAUUGUUAUAGGUUGAAGAUAAUGUUGGGCUAUUUUUUUCUCUGGUCCCUAACAUUGGCAUAAUGCUGGGUAAUAUGAAGUGUUUAGAGGUCUAUUUUUCAGAACAUGGGUUGAAGGGGCCAAAAGUGACUUUAUAAAUAAUAAAUGUGAGCUGUUACUGUGUGUAGUUAAUAAAAGGUAACAUUUUAUAUUGGAUUGUGGACACAUUCCUUUUCUACUGUUCAAUUUUGUUUGUAUGCCUUGUUUUUAUAUAAAAGAUUUAUGAAUCCUACACAAUAAACAUACUUUACCUGAA